AUGAAAGCCUCUCUCCGCACCAUCAAACGAUUGGAGGCAAAAGCCCAAAAAUUCAGUUCUCAUGUCCUCUCUCAUAAACGUCAUCAUGCUCUCAAGGAGAUGGUCGAUGCCAGCACUGAUUCCAUCGAGAACUUUAAAGGUGGUUCUUUCAAACAAAUUCUAAAAGCAUCCUCGAUCGAAGGUGAAUCCAAUUUAAAUGCCGAAUCCAUUGAAGAUGUUUCUCUCAAUCUGUGUGAUCCCGAUAUUGAUCGAGAUGAUCAAAAGGAAAGAGAGAAUUCGUGCCAAUUAUUGAAAGAUGCGUUGUAUUAUUCAUUGUUGACCAUGUAUUUACCAAUUCAUGUGGUUCCUGAGGAGUAUAAUAAUACUAGUAAUAGUAUUACUCGUCGUUCUCUCUCAUCGUCGGGAUUAGAACAAGGACAAGGAAAACAAGGCACUGAAGGAGUGACAGUCAAAAGCUCUCCAAUGUCUCUUGCACAACUCCAAGACCAUGCAUUGAAAUUAUUUCAAAAUGACUUGUCCAAGCAAGAUGUUGAACACAUGUGGAAUCAAUUGUUUUGCAUCGAGGCAGAGAAUGGAGCGAGUGAUUUGUGUGUGGAUUUUCUAUUGCUAAGAAAAAUUUUACUUGCCAAAGAGCAACAAUUGCCAUACACUACACAAGAUUUCAAAACUCCUCAAAAUUAUGCAACAUGGAGACAAAACAAGAUGAAAGAAAUUGAUCUCAUUUUGGAUAGCGUUAAGAGUGGAAGAAAGUAUAAAUUUGUUUCCAAAUUGGAAUUUCAAAUUGAACGUGUGAGUUUGAAAAAGAAGGGCGUUCUCUCCAAAGUUCAUGAACGUGCUGACAUUAUGUAUCGAGUGAGUACACAUCAAUCUUCAGGGAUUAAAAUCAAUAAUGAAGAGAAGACCACCAACACUUUCGAAUCACCACAUGUGGAGGCAAAACUCCGUAAUGACGGUACCUUUGAUUUAAAUUUUAAAGAUACAAUUAAGGUAUCCUUCAACGAGGCAAACCAAGAGUUUUCUCUUCAAUUCAUCUAUGCCAAGUUUGCCGGUUUGAAAAAGAAAGAAAUUGGCUCUGUGAAAAUCAAGGUCCGUGAUCUCAUUUCCAAAUUGUUCCCAUUGUCCAAUUGGGGAACAUUGUACUCUCCAGUUUCCUUAGAAUUUAACAUUGAGCAUCCAGAACACCCAACAGAACCACUUGGAAAAAUAUCACUCAAGUUUACGAGAGGUCAUUUCCAAAACUUUCCUGCCUUUAAUGGAAAUUGGGAGACCUAUGUAAAGGAAAAGACGAAAAAGAUUGAAGCUAAUUUACAAAAUUACAAAUUUCCAGACAUUUAUGAGGUGAAGAGAGUCUUGUUGAGAAGAGCAUUUCUUGCUCCAAAAUUGGACAAUAGUCUUGUCACACCAGUCCAUAGGUGGAUUUUAGAGGAAGUUGAUUUACUCUUUGGAUUAUCCAAUCACAAUGCCGAAAUUAGUUUAUUGGAUGUCUUUUCCAGAAAUGUUCGUUUAUUGGUAACUUUUGCUGAUCAAUUUGGAAAGAGUUAUGACACAGCCACAAAACUCGUAGAAACCAAUUUGAAACAAAUUGAGAAAAUUAACAAAAUUAUGGAAAACACCGAAAAGAAGAUUCUCGAUAUAAUUUUGAAUUUCAAAGACAAGUUUCCAAGAGGAAAACCCGAGGGAGCUCUUCAGAAUGUGCUCACUAUUUACGACACCAUCUUGUGUCGACACAAAAAGCACUCCUAUGAAGAAUAUAUUGAAAAAUUGAAUGAAUUGGUGGAAAGAUCACUCAGACUUGAUUAUGAAAUGAUCAAGAAACAACAAAUGGAGGCCUUCAAAACAGAAGAGUUCAACGCUAAAGUGUUAAUUUCAAUGAUUCCAAUCAUUACAUUCAAACUCGAUCGUCUCUACGACUUUUCUUCCAUCUUUCCAGAAGAAAUCAAAUACGAACAAAAGAAUUGGAUAUAUUAUGAACUGUUCAAGAAGGAUUUCUCAGAAAUUGAAUCCAAGAAUGGUUUUACAGGGUAUCAAAUGCUUCACUUUUGUGCCAAAUUGAAGCCUUUGGAGGAAAUUGUUGAAUGUUCGACUGAUUUAUGUGGCAAGAAGAGUGAAUUGUUAAAUGUUCAUGUCAUUUCAAAAGGCUAUGAAGAAAAAUUCAUUUCAGAAUUGUAUGAAAAACUCUCAAAUUGUGCACAACAGUCCAUUCUUGUCGAUAAUUGGUUACCUGUGAAUGAAGAAGUCAAACAUAGCACCAGUGUUGUUGAUUUUUACUCAACCGCUCACGAGACAUGGCUCUUCGUAUCAGGAUUGGAAUUUUUCAAUGAACACUUAUUGGAGUUAUUUACUGAAAUGCUUGGAAAGGUCACUUUCGAAUAUGCCAACAAGGUGAAAAACUUGGCAGUCUCUGUAUUGACGAAAAACACCAAACAAGGUGUGAAUAAUGAGGCCUCUGAGAAGAGCUCAAACAAAUUACAACUCUUCAAGAAGAAGCAAACCACUAAUGAUAAUGACAAUACCUCCAUCGAUGUGGAUGAACCCUAUUCUGAAAUUACCAUCACCAAGGACUUUUUGAUCAUGUUGAAUGACAUUGAAGUCUCAAAACAAGAACUUGAGGAAAUUCUGCAAUCGGUUACAGAAAAACAACAAGCCAUGAAAGACUCGCAAGAAAUUGAAAAGAAAAUGGAGGAGCAGGAAAAGGAGGAGUCUCAAAAAGAUCAAGCAGUUUCGAAAGCAACACCAAGCGAUGAUGAAGUCACUGAUUUUGAAAAUGAUCAAUCCAUUGAGAAGUCAUUGUCUAAAUAUCACCAAAUCGGUGAGGCUCAAAUAAGUGCAUUGGAAAAGUCGAAAACUUCUUUGGAUAUUCUCAUUGAAUCACUUCUUGCCAUUAUUGCAUCCAACUUUAGAAUUCCAAUUCGAAAGGCACUUGGCAAAAUUAUGAGCAAUGCUCGAAAAGUAUUGGAUCAACAAAAAGGCGUCACGAGACCCUUGUCAAAACAGGCCACUCUUGACUUGCUACAAAAAGAUUCUGACAAGAUUUUGAGUGAGGAUAUUAUUGAUCCAAUUUUAACUCCUGCUUUUGAGUUAUUGUCUGUAAAUUGUUAUGCCCAAUUAUUCAAACUACUUAUUGAGAAGGUGUUGGAUAUUCUCAAUUUUGAAAUGCUUUACACAUUUGUUAUUCCAAUUGAAAACUAUGAUAUUGAAUUGGAUAAGGAUAAAUUCCUCACUGUGGAGCAAGUCUAUUUGAUGGAAUCUUGUCACGUUGCCAUUGGACUCUAUUUUUGCGGAAAUGAUGAUGAUCCCAAUACUGGAAUUGCUGAGGAGACUCUCGAAAAGAACUCUCGUUUGUUGAAGAGAAUAUUUUCUCUCUAUGAAUCUUCCUCUUCUAAAUUGAUCAACAUCUAUGAAAAGUAUGUGAAAUAUCCAAACUUGAAUUUCACAAAUACUUUGAAAAAGCAUCACAUUUUGUUACUCUUGAAAACAAAACGUGACCCUGAAGCCGUUAAUUUCUACAAGAAACAUCAAAGAGAGGCAGAAAAAGAACGCAUUAUUCAAGUAUUCAAUUUGAAGCCAAUUGAAGGAACCAACGAUGAAGAUGAAAGUAAUGAUCGCUAUGAAGAAAUUCUUGUCUCUCUGAAUGGCAUCUAUGAAAUGACACCCUAUGAUAUUCAUGUUACAGAGUUGAGAUUACUUUUAGAGGCCAAAUACUCUAGAAAAACUCGCGAAUUCCUUUUGAAAGAUAUUCGAAACGCAAAAUUGAAUAAGAGUCUGUUAUCAACAAAAGGAAUUCAAUUUACCAUUGCAAGUGAAAAUAAUGCCAUCACUCGAUACAUCACCUUUACAGAUGCAAAUGUAAGAACCAAGUUCAUUAAUGUCAUUUCUCAACAGUUGAAGAUUGUUGGAAAUGAGCAGCCACAAUUAGUGGAAGAAGUGAAAUCCCCAACCACUUCUUCAAGUGCAAGUGGAUCAAAGAAAGUCGAGUCCUCUAUCUUUGAUCAAGCCAGUGACGCUCUCAAAUCCAAAUUCAAAAUUAAGAACUCAAAUUGUAAACUUUUGAGAAGGAUUGUAUGUCAAUCCGCAUACAAAGAAGGACAAGUCAAAACUUACAUUUCAGGAGAGAUUUUGCUUUUCAAUCAUUGUUUUGGCUUUCACUGUUUUUCAGAUGGAGUGCAGGGUACUUUUAGUUUUAAAGCAAAUUUCAGUAUUGUGAAAAACAUUCAACUAUUGAAACGAAAAGACAACAGCGGUUCUGAGAAAAUCAAAAUUGAACUUGCAGGAGGAUACACUGUUUCAUUCUACAACAUUGAUGAUGCUCAAUUAGGUUUCAAAGAUAUCUCUGAGGCAUGGGAACAAUGGAAGACAGCCAGUUCUGUGGAUGCGGCUCAAUUAGAAAAGUAUAAGAAGAAUGAUGAUAAGAACUAUUUUUUACAUCGUUUCCAAUUGAAACAUCUUGCCGAGAGUGAUGAAGCACUCGAUCGUAAAAUACUCUCUGCCUCUUCCCUCACUGAAAUUGGUUCUCUCUAUAUUGGACAAUAUCAUGUGGCGUAUGAAUCGGCCAACUAUUUACCAUCCGUUGGGGAGAGUCACGAAUAUGAACGAAUCCUCACUCCAAUCGCUUUCAUUGAUAAACUCGACAAGUAUGUCCACUCCAAGUUGUUAGCUCUCACACUCACGAGUGGACAAGUCCAAUGCUUCCUCUUUAAGGAAGAAAAGUUAUUGGAUUUGGCUCAACAACGUAUUCAGAGUAUGAUGCAAUCCUUGAAACAUAAACAAAUGGGAAGUAGUAGUAGUGGAAGUGGUUACAGUAGUGGAUUCUUUAGCAAGAUUUCUUCCUCUUCGUCCAUCUCCACCUCUUCUCAAUCUAGUCUCAAUACAAUAAGUAUUGAGAAUUAUAACUUGUAUCUUUCUCCACUCAUGAAAGCCAUGAACAUCGAUCCAGAUAGUACCGAUCAACGUGUGCUCAAUAAUGCCAUUCUCACGCAGAAGGUACAAGAGGCUUUGUUGCAGCAGUCAACCAACAACAACAUUCUGGGAAAUACAAAACCCACGAGUACGACUACAAAUACUGGAAUAUUUGGCAUGUUUUCUUCGAUUGGAAAGAAUAUCUUUGGAAGUAAGAAGAAUUCUUAUUACAAAUUGCGAAAUGUGGAUAUUAUGGAACAUGUGCCAAAUCAAAUUGCUCUUGACAAGGAAUUUGUGUUGCAGGCAAUCAAACUCAAUAACCUCUCCAUUUUAGUACAAUAUGGAUAUGGUCCUUGUGCAUUUCUAUCUGACAAGGAACUCAUGUUGGAGACAGUGAAGAAUGGUUAUUACGCACGCGAAGAGUUACGAAAAGAUUCUGAACUUGUGAAUCUCUCAAAAGCAAUGGUUAUGUUUUGGAGUACAGUGAUGAAUUAUAUCCAGCAAGAAUGCAAAUUUGUCAUGGUGCAAAUAUUUCUCUAA